AUGCGUCUCUCCGUAAAAGGCAAUAUGAGCACCUCUUACUUUGGUACUAUCCAAAACAACAUGCCCGUUGCUCAGAACCAUACAGAGGAGGAACAUGGGGAUGGCAAGGAAAUACUAGCACAAGUGUCAUUCAUUCCCAGCUUGAUCUCGACUCUGAGAGCGCGUCUCUUGACGGAUGAGAGGCCCCUCACCACGUUACCCAAGGCUCAAAUUAUUGGACGGGGGAGUCAAUUGACCCUUGGAUUGGACGCCGUCGCAUCGUCCCUGAUUCACACCAGCCCAAUCAUCGCCUACCGCGUCAACCUGAAUGUAUGCCGCCUGCUGCGACCUGACGUGCCGACCCAGGAGGAGGUCACCCAGCGGUCAUCGUACAUACCCGACCCCGCUCUCAUCCUCGUCUGUCUGGAGACCAAGUGCUUACAAGAGAUACUUCACACGAGGGCGACGGAAGCCUUUAGGCCAGCCUCAAUAAUGCGAAUGAGCGCAUCGCAUGAGUCCUCCGUGAACCCACGCAGCUUUGCUCAGCCACCGCACGUUGAAGCUAUAUCCAUGCCGACCAACCUUAUUAACCAACUGCAUAGUUUCCAAACGGUCCCGUCAGCACCAAUUAUCACACGAGGAAAUCCAAACCUACAAUCUGAAUCAGGUCGUUGGAUUCCGUUCUUCGUCCGACCCUCCAAUUCCACUUCAGUCACUUCCUCCACGAAGCCACCAGUCCCAGAACUGACUGGGCUUGAACGGCCUUGCGCGAACCAGGCCGGGCCAGCCAGAACUACGCAGCCGCCUGGCCCUGCCGUCUUGAGACAUGCGUUCUAUUUCCGACUGGCUGUCGUGAAUCCUCCUGCUGCUGAGCCUGCCACUAACUACUGUGCUGCUGCUGUGUGUUCUGGCGAUUCAAACUAUUACCAACAGCGUGUGGCUGCCAAGGCUGCGUGUCACCAGCGCACCGCAAAGACAUUGACGACGCCAUUAUCACAGGCUGCCGAGAUGCCUCCCGCUAGUCCGAAGUCUGCCCUACUUGACCUAUCUGACCCCCAUCCGACCCCCGCCGAUGAGAUCAACCUUUCCCCUCCCUCUCCCGAUCCCACCCCUCCAAGGCUCUCAGCCGGGUCCGCAUGCCUCAUCGAGCACGCCCGUGGACCACUACCGGGAUGA